CCCCCGAAAGCAGCCGGACGCCAUGUUUCAGGGGCAGCGGGGUUGGUUCUGCGGCAGCGUCGGCGGAGAACUGAGGCAGUUCUGGGUGGCCGAAGGGGGCUCCAUCAGUGACCCGAGGGCCGCCGACUUCCUGUUCAGCUGUGAUGCCUCCCACCCAGACACGCUGAGGAUAUAUCAGAGCCUUGAUUACAUAGAAGAUAAUGCUACAGUUUUUCAUGCCUACUAUCUCUCUGCAGUAGCUAAUGCUGAAGUAAAAAAUUCGGUGGCUUUAGGUCACUUCAUUCUUCCUCCUGCAUGCCUGCAAAAAGAAAUAAGAAGAAAACUUGGUAAUUUUAUUUGGGAACAAGAUCAACAUUUUCAGAUAGAAAAGCAUGAUGAAGUAACACCAAAGGAAAUUGAGGACCUUAAGGAAAGCAGUGAACUAGCAAUAUAUCACAAAAAAGAACUAUCCAAAAGCACAGAAAAGCAUUUUAUAAGGACUCCAGUUAUGGAAAAGCAGAUGUACUUCCCUCUUCAGAAUUAUCCAGUGAACAACAUGGUAACAGGUUAUAUAUCAAUUGAUUCCAUGAAGAAAUUCCUUGGGGAGCUACGUGACUUUAUUCCUGGAAGCUCAGGAUAUUUGGCAUACCAUGUUCAAAAUGAAAUUAACAUGUCAGCUAUAAAAAGCAAAUUGAAGAGAAAAUAAUAAGUUAAAUUGUACUUAUAUCUAGUUAUUUGUUUUUUAUAAAAUAUUAGCAAAGAUGUACAUAAUUUUACACUCUCCCCUUGGGACAAGGGGAUUGAGGAAAUGGGGAAGAAUUUUUCUCUUUCUUUCUCAAAAUGUGUUUUUAAGGAAAUUCAGAAUCAUUUUGGCUCUGUGUUUUGACAUUUGGGCUGGAUUUUCUCCCCAGUUUAUAACGUUAUGUCCACAAAUCCUGAGUACACAGUUGUUAUAGAGUAAAUGUCAUAAAACCACUUUAUAAGAAGUCUCAGUCUUUCUCUCUCUCCCUCUCUGCCAGAUGCUCUUUUGGCUUUAACAUUCAAUUAAUUAUAUAUGUUUUUCUAGAUUCAAUGUUAAGGUUUAUGAUUCUGGUCAUCUUAUUUUAAUUAAAAAAUUAGAAUGUUACUGUUGAGUUCUGAAUUACUGUUUCUGGCUUGAAAAAUACAGAGUAAAGCACUUUAAUGAUUCAGACUUCAUGUGUGGACAGUUCCUGAUAACAUGUACCAGUAGGAAUUUAAUGUAAAUGAGUGUUGUAUCCUCUGAAAUGAAUCCUCAAGUCACCUUAGAAUGACAGUGCUGGAAAGGACUUUGGAGAACAAUGAGGAAGUGAAGGCCUUGAGAGGAUGUCUUGUCUAGGGUGACUAGCUGGUUGCCAAAACAGGACUAGAACACAACUGUCUUGAUUUUCCAAGCCAGGGCUUUCCCACUGUUUCACAAUGGUAUAUGCUGUAGUCUAUGACAGAUAUAAGUGACAGUAGAUCUGCAAAGAGAACCCAGAAACAAGCCAACAUGCUUGGCUUGUUUUCUAAAAAAGCUAAAAUAGUAAUGAGAUAUAAUGAUUUCAAGAUAGCAACUUCUUAUCUUUAUUCAUAUGGUCAUACUGUGUCGAAUCUGUUGGGUUUAGUACUUUUUGAAGAUUUGUCAAUGAUAUAUAUUUUUUGUGAAGCUAUCAUCUUUUUAAAACUGUACUUUCUCCAGGGCACCUGGGUGGCUCAGUCAGCUGAGUGUCUGACUCUUGAUCUCAACUCAGGUCAUGAUCUCAUAGUUCGUGAGACUGAGCCCCACAUUGGGCUCUGUACUGACAGCACAGAGCCUGCUUGGGAUUCUCUCUAUAAAGCAGUCCAAACUUGAAAAAAAUAAAAUAAAAUAAAACUAUACUUUCACCUAGGAAGUGUAUAUCAACUGUACAAUUAACUAAAGAAAAUGCGCUUUUUUUAAGUGUUUGGAUCAUUUGGGUAUAUGUGGGCCCUGGUCUUUCUUCAUGACUCAAAUUUUAUAAUACAAAAUUUUAACAUUAAUCUCAGCAUUAGCAUUUGAAAGUUCUGUUUUUCCCACAUGGUAACUUCUCCUUAUUUAUAUUUAUAUUUGUAUUUGUGGUUAAACUCUUCUGAACUUGUAAAUUAAAAAAAAAAAUCUAAACUAAAUGUUAAUG